AUGGGAAACACAAACAGCACCCAUAAGAUUUCUGCUCAGGACCGGGCAAUCCUUGACCUCAAGAACCAGCGAGACAAGCUCCACCAAUAUCAGAAGCGAAUUACCGUCUUGACAGACCGCGAAACCGAAAUCGCGAAACAAUGUCUCGCCAGGAAUGACCGCAAGCGCGCUUUGCUUGCCCUGCGUCGCAAGAAGUACCAGGAGUCGCUACUAGAUAAGACCGACAAACAACUCGAGCAGCUCGAACAGCUUACGGGGCAGAUUGAGUUUGCACUGGUUCAGAAGGAUGUUCUUUUCGGCUUGCAGCAGGGGACCAAAGUCCUGCAGACCAUUAACAAGGAGAUGGGUGGCCUUGAGGGGGUGGAGAAAUUGAUGGGCGAGACGGAGGAAGCGAGAGCCUAUCAAGAGGAAAUCAGCGAGAUGCUUGCUGGACGCUUGUCCACUCAGGAUGAGGAUGAAGUUGAAGAGGAACUGGAGGCUUUGCAGCGGGAUACGCAGGGUCCGGUUGUCUUGCCGAAUGCGCCCAGCUCUAAGCUCCCAGAGCACGUGGAGGGGGUCAAGGAGGACGAGCAUGCCGCGGAAGAAGAGGCCCAAGUCGAGGAGCGGACUGCAAUUCUUGCUUAAGACUGUGCCAUCCAUAUGAUCUCUUUCUUUCGAUAUUAGCAUUGCCGGCGUUGGUGGUUUCAGGAAAUUCAAGUAUAGUAUAGCAUUGUUAGAUAUGUUUCGCUAUUUGAACGCUAGCAACUAGACCGUCGAAACAUGGAUUGGCGUGC